AUGGUGAAACAGAUCGGUAACCCAUACUUCAUUGCAGCUAUCGCUGUUAUUGGAGGAGGAUUGUUUGGCUUCGAUAUCUCAUCCAUGAGUGCCAUCAUCGCUACUCAGCCAUACAAAUGCUACUUCAACCAACAGGGUCUUAAUGCUGCUGGCGAGUGCCUCGGUCCUAGAGCCGAUGUCCAAGGUGGAAUCACAGCCGCCAUGGCCGGAGGUUCCUGGCUCGCUGCUCUUUGCUCUGGCUACCUCUCAGAUCGCCUCGGUCGCAAGAUUGCCAUCCAAGUCGGAGCUGUCAUCUGGGUCAUUGGAUGCAUCAUCGUUGCCGCCUCUCAGAACAUUGCUAUGCUCAUCGUUGGCCGUAUAAUCAACGGCUUCUGUGUCGGCAUUUGCUCUGCUCAAGUCCCCGUCUACAUCUCUGAAGUCUCUUUGCCUAGCAUGAGAGGCCGGCUUGUUGGUCUUCAGCAAUGGGCCAUUACCUGGGGUAUCAUGAUCAUGUUUUACAUCAGUUACGGAUGCAGCUUCAUCCAAGGCACUGGCGCCUUCCGUGCGCCCUGGGCUCUUCAGAUGAUCCCCGCCAUCAUGCUCUUCUUUGGCAUGAUGCUCCUACCUGAGUCUCCUCGUUGGUUGGCAUCAAAGGACCGUUGGGAAGAGACUCGCGCAGUGCUUACACUCACUCAUGGACACGGCGAUCCUGACAGCCCCUUUGUUAUUCGCGAGUUUGACGAAAUCAGAGAGUGGAUCAAAAUCGAGUCCGAAGCUAACAACGCCUCUUACCUUGAGCUCUUGCGUCCUCGUAUGCUCAACAGAACCAUCAUCGGCAUCUUCAUGCAAAUCUGGUCUCAGCUCACCGGCAUGAAUGUCAUGAUGUAUUACAUAACAUAUGUAUUCCAGAUGGCAGGCCUGUCUGGAAACAACCUCCUCGUCUCCUCGUCCAUCCAGUAUGUCAUCAACGUCGUUAUGACCAUUCCUGGACUUCUUCUGGUCGAUCGUGUGGGCCGUCGCCCUCUACUUCUGGUUGGAGCUGCUUUCAUGGCACUGUGGCUGUUCGCCAAUGCAGGUAUUCUCGGCGCGUAUGGAACCUACCCUGGUCCUGGCGGCGUGGGCGGCAACACUCCCGAAGCUUCCACCGAAGUUACCGGAGCAGCUUCCAAGGCUGUCAUUGCUUGCUCGUACCUCUUCGUUGCCUCUUACGCACCUACGUGGGGUCCUGUCUCCUGGAUCUAUCCUAGCGAAAUUUUCCCAAAUCGCGUCAGAGGAAAGGCCACAGCUCUUGCAACCUCUUCAAACUGGGCCAUUAAUUUCGCAUUAAGCUACUUUGUCCCUCCUGCUUUCAUCAACAUCAGAUGGAAGACCUACAUCGUCUUCGGCGUCUUCUGUGUUGCCAUGUGGCUUCACGUUUUCUUCAUGUUCCCUGAGACAGCUGGAAAGCCGCUCGAGGAAGUCACCGCUAUGUUCGAGGACUCCAAUGGCAUUCGCUACAUCGGCACUCCUGCCUGGAAGACCCGUGCAUCCACCUCGGACACAUCUCGCCUGGAGAGAGGACAGGACCUUGAGAAGAAGCGCAGCGAGGAAGACAAGCCCGAGACUCUUGAAGUGGCUCCCAAGGAGACUGUCUAA